CGCUCACAACGGUUCCAUCAUUCGACGCAGCAAGUUCAAGUGCACCCAGCAGCGUAUCAGUUUUCGGCCCCCAGUCGUGUUGUUGUCGAGGGUGGCGCAGAGAGCCUGGCUCAGAUUCAAAAAGUGCGCGCGGGUGAACGAACCACACCCCCAGUCCACUAAAAUAGCCAGUGAAUACUCGGGAAUGUUUUUCCAGUAGCUAUUAUGAAACAAAACCCCCAGUGAUUAAAUCGCAACUGUGUUUUUGUGGCCCCGAGUGAAAUCCAAUACUAGAGCCAAAACCAAACGACGAUCAACGGCACUUUAAAGCCGAUUUUAUACGAAACCUAACCGUAAUAGCCGCGUCCCAUCCCACACUAUUGCUGAGAAAAACAUGGCGUCUGCUGCUGCUGCGUCGUCCGUCUGCGCCAGCUGUGGCGCCGGCGCUGGCAGCCAUCGGAUUCUGCACAUUUACAGCGCGUGGGCGUUGAUCACGCUGCUGGCCGCCAGCGCUGCCAUCGUCCAGAGCGCCGCGGUCUCCUUUGGGGAUCUGCUAUCGCAUCCGACAUUCAAGCCGCUGUGCAGCGCCCAGCAGGAGCACUUCAUCGAGAGCGAUGGCAAGGAGUCCAGCCUCAAAAUCGAACUGAAGCCGGGCACCUAUGGCGCCGAGCACCCCUCCUGCUCCCGCAUACUGAGUGCCCCGCCCAACUACGGCUUCAUAGUGCGCCUCAUUCUGCCCAAGCUACGGCACACUCAGCCGGACGGCGGCGCUCCAUCGUCGAGCAUCAUGCCCGCGGCCAGCAGCACAGCCAGGCCACGGCGGACACCCAAUACAGGUGGCCUGACGGAAAUCUCCGCGUCCACGCCGAUGGACCGCCUCAACACAACGAAGGCCAUGACGACACCCCGGGUGGGACGUACCUGUCCCCUGAACAUCGUAAGUAAACGCACCCGAGUCCCAACCCCAGCCAUCACCCAUCCACCAUUCAGAGGUGAUUAGUGCGCGAUUGCCAUU